AUGAACCCCCCAUCUCCACCCCUCGCCCGUAUCCGAACCCCAGGUUUCGCAGGGUACGGUAUCGCCUGGUCACCCUUCUUCGACCGUAGUCUCGCCGUCUCCUCCUCCGCCAACUACGGUCUUGUCGGAAACGGACGACUUCACAUCCUUUCGCUUGCCCCUAGCUCCACCUCACUCCACCCUCAACUUUUGGUGGAAAAAGUAUUCGACACCCAAGACGGACUUUACGAUCUCGCCUUUUCCGAAUCGCACGAGAACCAGCUUGUAACAGCCUCCGGCGACGGGUCCAUAAAACUCUGGGAUACAGCGCUACAAGAACAUCCCAUUCGAAACUGGGCUGAGCAUGGCAGGGAAGUUUUCUGCGUGGACUGGAACAAUAUCAAAAAGGACGUAUUUGCAAGUUCGUCCUGGGACGCGAGCGUGAGGGUGUGGCAUCCGGAACGACCGACGAGCUUGAUGGCUAUAACUACGGCGCAUACGGGUUGUGUCUAUGCUUGUGCUUUCUCCCCGCACAAUCCUGAUCUUUUAGCGACGGCUUGUGGAGAUGGCCAUUUAAGGUUGUUCGAUCUUCGGCAACCGGCAGCACAAGCGAGCGUAACGGUGCCGGUGGGAGGAGAAGUUUUGUGUUUGGACUGGAACAAAUACCGACCGAUGUCAUUGGCGACGGGUAGUACGGAUAGAGUGAUCAAGACGUGGGAUUUAAGAAGUGCGAUCUCGAAACCGCAAACAGGGGUAGCGACGGCGGUGGAAAUAGGGACUCCAGUGGCAGCGAUACUGGGUCAUGAAUAUGCGAUUAGAAAGGUGGCGUAUAGUCCUCAUGCCCCGCAGUUACUGGCUAGUGCGAGCUAUGAUAUGACAGCGAGAGUUUGGGAUGCUGAUGCGGCGGCGACGAGUGGGCCUCCGGGUGCACCACCGCAGCCGGCCCAAGCAGGGGUAGUCGCGGGGGCUGGGUCGAUGAGGAAGAUCCAUGAUGCACAUACGGAAUUUGUGGUGGGUGUAGCAUGGAGUUUGUUUCAGGAAGGAUUGGUGGCUAGUACUGCUUGGGAUUCUGAGACGCAUUUGUGGGGUGUUCACUAG